UUUUUUUUUAAUUUUCUUUUUUUCCCCAACAGGGAAUGCCACUUUUCUCCGUUUAAGUUUUAAGACCACUUUUUUAGGGAGAAAUGGUUGGCCAUUUGCUUUUGUGUAUCUUACUGUUUCUAACAAUAGAAGUUAAAGAUGGCGCUAAGCUACCGGUUGUUGAAAAGCAAAAGAAAUUCAUGACUCUGAGUGGUGGUGAGCCGGAGGUUGUUGCACUAGGCGGAUACUCGGGAUUCUUCCCUAGUUCAACCCUGAGUGCUUAUGACUUUUCUCUUGACAUUAGCAUGCCUGGAACAAUCCAGUAUUGCAAUGUCCAUUUCUCCAAGGACAACGUUGGCUACUGCGUUGCACAAAUAAAUCUUAUGAACACAACAAAUAUUGAGGAAUUUGACCUGAAAGGACUUAAGACGUACAAAAUAUACGGACAAGAAGUCCACGGAUAUUUUGGUCUGGACUACCCUGCCAAUGUCUUAUUUGAGAAUGUCACAACGCGCCAAAACAUUUUCAGCAGGUCUGGUGUAUACGACGGUGCUCCACUGGUUGCACCAUUUCAACUGUUCGAAGACAGGAAUAAGACACCGGCAAGAGUUUGGUUGCACAUUGAGAAUGAAAUGUUCUAUAGUGACCACAAGAUCAGUGCUGCAUCAUAUCUCGAAACUGAAUUGCCACGGUUGCCAGAGUUCCUUUCGUCUCCGGAGAUAGGUUUCUUGAAGUCUAUGGGAGCCAAGGCAGCCAAGUCUAAAACAAAGCUCAUCUUGACAUUCUUAGGACUAGAUGACGUCGAGCCAACGACCAAAAAACCAUAUGGUUCCCUGAUUAAAGAUCUGGCCAUGAUCAAAUCAUUUGCAUCAGGGAUUGUUGUGCCAAAAGAAUAUAUUUGGCCUGUUGACAAGAACAAGAUGUUGCAGCCAGCAACAACCCUCGUGCAAGACGCUCAUAAAGCAGGCCUUUCCGUGUACGCUUCUAGCUUUGCAAAUGACAGAUUAUGGAGCUACAAUUUCAGCUAUGAUCCUGUGCAAGAGUACCUAGAGUUCACUCAGAAUCCUGAAUUUUCUGUGGAUGGUGUCUUGUCCGAGUUUCCUUCAACUGCUUCAGAAGCAAUUGCAUGCAUCAAUCUGGAUAAGAAGGCUCCCAGGGCAGUACCUACGUUGAUCAUAUCCCAUAACGGUGCCAGUGGAGAUUACCCCGGUUCGACUGAUCUUGCCUACAAUAAAGCAGUAGCGGAUGGAGCUGAUGUACUUGAUUGCUCGGUUCAAAUGUCUAAAGAUGGAGUUGCCUUCUGCUCCGACAGAGCUGACCUUAUGAAAACAACUACCGCAGCAGCUGUUUUCAUUGACAGGUCUACGAACAUUAAAGAGAUUCAAUCAGCAGAUGGUGUUUUCUCCUUUGAUCUAACGUGGAACGAAAUUCAAACACUCAAGCCCACAAUUGAGAGCUUCUUCCCCGAACUACCUAGAAAUCCUGCAGUCAAGAACAACGGCAAGCUUAUGACCCUCGCUGAGUUCUUGGAACUUGCCAAGGCAGCGACAGUAAAAGGCGUAUUCAUAUCCAUAAGGAAUGCUGCAUUUCUUGCUGGAAAGAAGAGUCUUGACAUUGUGGGCACAGUCUCCUCAGCACUCAGCAACUCGAAGUUCGAUAAGCAGACACUCCAAAAGGUUCUAGUCGAAUCAGAUGACACCUCGGUGCUGGAUCAUUUCAGAAACGUCCCAGCUUAUGAAAGAGUGUUGUACAUCAAGGACGCGAUAGGUAGUGUAGCGGAUCAAGCAGUGAAGGAGGUGAAGGAACACGCGGACGCAGUUCACUUGCGCAGAAAUUCCAUCAUGGUAGCCGAAAACAGCUUCAUUGCAAACUUCACCGAGACCAUCCCAGCCUUCCAUGCUGCUAACAUCUCAGUGUAUGUUGGGAUUCUGAGGAACGAAUAUCAAAACUUGGCCCUCGAUUAUCUGUCUGAUCCGUACGUUGAGCUCGCCACCAUGACCGCGCUACAAGUUGAUGGUUUCUUAACAGAGUAUCCCUACACUGCAAGUCUGUUUUCCAGAUCGACUUGUGUAAACGAAGGAUCUGCAUACGUUAUAAUGCCGGUCCAGCCAGGUAUGAUGUUCCCACAAGAAGCAGUGGCUGAACCACCUCAGCUCAGCCCCAAGGAUGUGGUUGAUCCACCACUGCCUGCGGUGGCAAAGACGGCCUCGCCGCCGGCUGCUGCUGUCUCCAAUAAACAAACUUCUUCAGCUACUACUAAUGCAUUCAGAGUUAGUGCUCAGAGCCUAUUUUUUGCUGCAGUGCUGAUGCUUCAAGGUUAACAAAACACUCACAAAUCUCAGAUUGUUAAGUGAAAUACUAUUGAUGAUGGUCUUGAAACACAAAACAAAUGUAAUUAUUAACAUUCAUGGUCUUAA